AUGGCGAGGAGCGACGCCGAGGGGCUCGUGGCCAGUGUGGAGGCGCUCAAGGAGUCCAUCCGGGGCCUCCACGUGGGCGUGCUCGUCAACAACGCUGGGCUGUACUACCCCUACGCACGCUACUUCCACGAGGUGGACGAGGAGCUGAUGCGCAGCCUGAUCCGGGUCAACGUCGAGGGCGUCACGCAGGUCACGCACGGCGUGCUGCCAGGCAUGGUCGAGAGGAAGCGCGGCGCCAUUGUCAACAUCGGCUCCGGCGCCGUCUCCGUCGUGCCUUCCGAUCUGCUCUACUCCGUCUAUGCCGCGACCAAAGCGAUAGAUGGCGGUAGUGGAACUAGCGUGCCGAUGGAGGAGAACUGGCCACCAUUCUUCCCCAUCAUCGACCGAGACAUUGCCAAUGAGAUACCGGCCAAUGUGCAGAAGUUGCAGUAUCUUGUAUUUUGCAAGCUAGCUUGGUUUUAUGGAGGUGUCAAUAAUCAGCAUUUUAGAGCAACAAAAUAUUGCAGAAAUGUUGUGGAUAAGCUUGUUGAGAUAAUAAAAGUUCUCGGUACUCCAACACGUGAGGAAAUCCGAUGUAUGAAUCGUACACCGAGUUUAGAUUUUCCUCAUAUCAAAGCUCACCCAUGGCGCAAGAUAGAGAAGGCAGCAAAGUUGACCUGCAGCAAAGGUGUAGUGUGCAGCAGGCUAGAUGAAAGUGUAGACGAGCAUGAUAGUACCACCAAAAAAAUGUGCAUGUAA